GUGGGGGCAGUGGGCACUGCGCGAUGGCGGGGUCGGAGGCACGCAUGGCCGAAGUAAGCUGGAAGGUCUUGGAGCGACGAGCCCGGGCCAAGCGCUCAGGCUCAGUUUAUGAACCUCUUAAAAGCAUUAAUCUUCCAAGGGCUGGUAAUGAAACUCUAUGGGAUAAAUUGGAUCAUUAUUACAGAAUUGUCAAGUCAACAGUGCUGAUAUAUCAAAGUCCAACAACAGGUCUGUUUCCCACUAAAACAUGUGGUGGAGAUCAGAAGUCCAAGGUCCACGACAGUCUGUACUGUGCUGCGGGUGCCUGGGCGUUGGCUCUGGCAUACAGGCGCAUUGAUGAUGACAAGGGAAGGACCCAUGAGCUGGAGCACUCUGCCAUAAAAUGUAUGAGAGGAAUUCUCUACUGCUAUAUGCGUCAGGCUGAUAAGGUCCAGCAGUUUAAGCAAGAUCCACGGCCCACAACUUGUCUUCACUCUAUUUUUAGUGUGCACACAGGGGAUGAGCUACUUACCUAUGAAGAAUAUGGCCAUCUUCAGAUAAAUGCAGUAUCACUCUUUCUCCUUUACCUGGUGGAAAUGAUUUCUUCAGGUCUCCAGAUAAUCUAUAACACGGAUGAGGUCUCAUUUAUUCAAAACCUUGUGUUUUGUGUAGAAAGAGUUUACCGUGUUCCUGACUUUGGUGUCUGGGAAAGAGGAAGCAAAUACAAUAAUGGCAGCACAGAACUACAUUCAAGCUCUGUUGGCUUAGCAAAAGCAGCCUUAGAAGCGAUUAAUGGAUUUAACCUCUUUGGAAACCAGGGCUGUUCUUGGUCAGUUAUAUUUGUGGAUCUGGACGCUCACAAUCGCAACAGGCAGACAUUGUGCUCACUGUUACCAAGAGAAUCACGCUCUCAUAACACAGAUGCUGCCCUGCUCCCGUGCAUCAGCUACCCUGCCUUUGCCCUGGAUGAUGAAGUUCUAUUCAGCCAGACACUUGAUAAAGUGAUCAGAAAAUUAAAGGGAAAAUAUGGAUUUAAGCGUUUCUUGAGAGAUGGAUACAGAACAUCAUUGGAAGAUCCCAACAGACGCUACUACAAACCAGCUGAAAUUAAGGGCCCACUGGAAAAUGACUUGGUGGUCCAUGUCGCACUUGUAGCAGAAAGCCAACGCCUUCAAGUUUUCCUCAAUACAUAUGGUAUUCAAACUCAAACUCCUCAGCAGGUGGAACCUAUCCAGAUCUGGCCUCAGCAGGAGCUUGUAAAAGCUUAUUUCCACCUGGGUAUCAAUGAGAAGUUAGGACUGUCUGGAAGGCCAGACAGGCCCAUUGGCUGCCUGGGUACAUCAAAGAGCUAUCGCAUCCUAGGGAAGACUGUGGUCUGUUACCCUAUCAUCUUUGACCUGAGUGACUUCUACAUGUCUCAGGAUGUUCUGCUGCUCAUAGAUGACAUAAAGAAUGCACUACAGUUCAUUAAGCAAUAUUGGAAAAUGCAUGGACGCCCACUUUUCCUUGUUCUCAUCCGGGAAGACAACAUAAGAGGCAGCAGGUUCAACCCCAUAUUAGACAUGUUGGCAGCCUUUAAAAAGGGAAUAAUUGGAGGAGUCAAAGUCCAUGUUGAUCGUCUACAGACACUGAUAUCCGGAGCUGUAGUGGAACAGCUUGACUUUCUACGAAUUAGUGACACAGAAAAGCUUCCAGAAUUUAAGAGCUUUGAAGAACUAGAGUUUCCCAAGCAUUCAAAAGUCAAACGACAGAGCAGUACUGCAGAUGCUCCUGAGCUGAGACAGGAGCCGGACAUCACCAUCGCCGAGUGGAAGAACAAGUCCACACAUGAAAUCCUUCAGAAGCUGAAUGACUGCAGUUGUCUGGCUGGUCAAACCAUCCUACUGGGUAUACUGCUCAAAAGAGAGGGCCCUAACUUCAUCACAAUGGAAGGCACUGUGUCUGACCACAUUGAGAGAGUGUACAGAAGAGCUGGCAGCAAAAAGCUCUGGUCGGUUGUACGCCGUGCAGCAAGUCUUUUAAGUAAAGUAGUGGACAGCCUGGCCCCAUCCAUUACUAAUGUUUUAGUGCAGGGCAAACAGGUAACUCUGGGUGCCUUUGGACAUGAAGAGGAGGUCAUCUCUAAUCCUCUGUCUCCAAGAGUGAUUAAGAACAUCAUCUAUUAUAAGUGUAAUACCCACGAUGAGAGGGAGGCAGUCAUUCAGCAAGAACUGGUCAUCCAUAUCGGCUGGAUCAUCUCCAAUAGCCCUGAGCUGUUCAGUGGCAUGCUGAAAAUACGAAUUGGGUGGAUCAUCCAUGCCAUGGAGUAUGAACUACAGAUCCGUGGCGGGGAGAAGCCAGCCAUGGACUUGUACCAGCUCUCACCCAGUGAAGUUAAACAACUGCUGCUUGACAUUCUCCAGCCCCAGCAGAGUGGAAGAUGUUGGCUGAAUAGACGUCAGAUCGACGGGUCAUUGAAUAGAACUCCGCCAGGGUUCUACGACCGAGUGUGGCAGAUCCUGGAGCGCACACCGAAUGGUAUUGUCGUAGCUGGAAAGCAUUUGCCACAGCAACCAACCUUGUCAGAUAUGACCAUGUAUGAGAUGAAUUUUUCUCUCCUUGUUGAAGACAUGUUGGGAAACAUUGACCAGCCAAAGUACAGACAGAUCAUUGUAGAGUUACUAAUGGUUGUGUCCAUUGUACUGGAAAGAAACCCUGAGCUAGAAUUUCAAGACAAAGUGGAUCUAGACAGACUGGUCAAAGAAGCAUUUCAUGAGUUUCAAAAAGAUGAGAGUCGUCUAAAAGAAAUAGAAAAACAAGAUGAUAUGACUUCCUUUUACAACACUCCUCCACUGGGGAAAAGAGGAACCUGCAGCUACUUGACAAAGGUUGUGAUGAACUUGCUGCUGGAAGGAGAAGUCAAGCCAAGCCACGAGGACUCCUGUCUGGUUAGCUAGUAAGGGUGCAGGAGAUAGUUUUCCAGUUGUGCCUUUUGUGUUGAAGCUAAUCCAGGCAGCCAUUAAUGGAUGAACUGAUGUGUUAGUGAAAUGGAUGUUGUACUCUGAUUGCCGCUAUUGGACUUUUGCAUGCCAGUGGCAGCCGAAUGGUAAGCAGUGAUUGGAAAUCAGGCAAACCCCCAGUUUCCAUGAUUUGUGCCAGCUACUAUAAUUUUCAGUGAUCAGAACAGUAGUUUAUGAAUUGAACAUUCACUGCUGCAUAUUUUAUGAUCAAAUACACCAUAGAAAUUCUGAGUCUUUGCUUCUUUAGACUUUAUUUUCACCUUCCUGCCAUUAAAACAUACGUGCCAACCCAUAAUGCUUUACUGGGAUUUACAAGGUAUUGCAAGGGUAAUGACGUUUGUAUCAAAAAAGCAAGAUGUGCAAUGCACACCAAAAAAGCAAAAUUAACCUCUGGUAUUUAACUUCAGAAGCUGCAUUAUUAAUAAUACUAUGUGGUACAAAACUCUUAGUUUUUACCUUGUAAACAUGACUGGUUUUGUAUUGAGCUGAGGGUAAGUGUUGGACUACAAUAUAAUGUCCAUUUCUGAGCAUCUCUUAAGUACAGCAGUACAAAAGUGUGUUACCUACACUGGCAUGCUCAUGCCACAUACAGGCCCACACACCUUCACAUAAACACAAAUAUUUAAAAAGUUAAGUAGUUAAAUUUACGACCGUUAACCUUGCAAAGGUUAACCUAAAAGUAAAGUUGAAAGUCAAGACAUUUCGUUUCUGAACUAACAAAUGCAUCUGGAAACAUCCCUUGUUCAGGUUCACAAUCCUGAACUUAACAGUCCUGAAUGGUUUCAUUUAAUUGGUUUGGACGUGAAAUUUGCUUCCAAAUUUACCUAAGCAAAGUAGAUUUAAACACUUAAAUGUUAUUAAUGUAUUUCCUUCCUAGCUGUCACAAUGUGGCCCACUUGCUUGGGCUCUGAUCCCAACAACCAUCUUUUUUCUGAGCAGUCUUACCGAGUUUCACCUAAGAAAUCAGCUUUGUCACAAUAAUAUGCAGCCCAGUGUUAGAGUCUGAAAGCUUAAGAAAGGACAAGUGUUUUUUCCAGGUUACAAGUUAAUUGAUACAAGUAACUGGAUGUGUGAAUACCCAAAGAAACCUCACUAGUUCGAGGUAUGGCUGACCCCUAGAUCACGCAUGAGAUGGCUGUGUGUGUGUGUGUGUGUGUGUGUGUGUGUGUGUGUGUGUGUGUGCAAAGCUGAGAUUAGUGAUACAAUCCAUCCUUAGACAAAGAAGUAGACAAAGAAGCAGAUAACUUGACUCAGUGUGUGAAGAGAAGUUAUGAAAAGAUGGCCUUGAUGAUGAUGGCCAUCUCUAAAACUUAAGCCAGAAAAAACAGUCAUGAAGCCUAUGGAGAGAGAAAGUUCUGAUGGCUCAUGGGCAUGAAAGAGAAAUUAAAGAACGAGAGGGAGGAGAAGCCCUUGAAAUAUUUAAUACUUGUUAAAAUUCAAAAGAAAGUAAACACUUGUCUCCUUAAGAAUUAAAUUUUUUGAUUAGCUGAGCAAAGUUGCAAGAAAUCUGCUGUCUUAGUUAAAAUAGACAUCACUUGCAAAUCUGUUUUCUGAAUGAACAGUUAGCUUCCUGUUACAUAUGCAAAGUUUUGACACUUUCUUCUCCUGCUUGAGAGCAUUCAAAAUCAGCAACUGUGUAUCAGCUUUUAAAAUUAUGAAAUGAAAACUUUAUUGUUCUACAAGAUAUUUUGGGAUGAUCGAUAAAUCUUCAUGUUCCUCCAUCAGAAGCACUGUCUGCUUUCCAAUCAGAAAAGCAAAAUAAUUCUAAGAAUCAGAAUUAAGAACUCAUGAACUUUAGAAGUCCUGUUUGAUCUACAGAGCCCACAUGUUUCAACAGCUGCACUAGAGACUGACUGAAAAUGUUAGCACAUGAAUUGAGGCAUGACAAGCCUUAAACCUGAUUUAAAGCUUCCUCUAUCACAUUGACAGAUUCUCUGUGCUAAGUUUAUUGUACAAUCAACGUCGGUUGGAAACUCCUGACUGCAUAUCAAAUUCAACUGCUUUUCCAGAGCACUGUUAGAUACAUCAUGUUUUCCAGAUUUUUUUCGUUUUGUUUAAGACUUUAAAAAAUCGUAUUUCAGCCUUUAAAAAUAAAAAUAUGAAACCAU